ACAAGCAAUAUGACGCGAAGCAUCAUCCUCACACCCUUUUUCCUUUCACAGGACUCCAUCAAACUUGGUCGCUUCGUCACCAGAAUCGACCAUCCCCACCAGAACCACCAUGAUCCUCCCUCUGCAGGUCAACCCCGCGUCCUAGUUUCACUCCUCGACUCCUACACUGGUCAACACGAAACGGCCAGUCGUUCUGCCUUCAACGCGUCCUUAACAUCUCUGCUGUCUGCCAGCUUCUCUAAGCGCGCUAAGAUGAAGAUUUGUGUGGCCACGGAUCGCGUCAAGACUUACACCCUCGAUAAUUCUGACAGCUGGUUUGACGAAGCGAUAGGCCAAGCCGCCACCCGAGGCUGGAUCGAGCGAGCCUUAGAUCGAGGUGAAGAUAUAUACAUGAUCGUCGGUUAUCGCACAGUCACGGAUGCCAGCGUUAGCCAGGCGUCGAUUUUGGGAAACAGCGCCGAGGGCCAGAUCACGGUUCCAGCUACCCUGUCCCUUGCUGCAGCUGGAGCCAUUGUGCCGAUCGGGGGUCUACUUGACCCUAGUGUUGGGAUCCGUCAACAAGGCCUGGAUGGAGCGACAUCGCAAUUCAUGGCACCGGGCGAACAGGUAUGCGCGUUUGAGUAUCGCAAGCUUUGCCACAGAUGGCUCUCCAGCAAGCAUGUAGACAACUCUCGAUUGUCGGGCGUGCGUCAGUGGUCAUCGGUGGAGAGAUCGAGGGAUGAGGAGGACGGUGAAGACGAUGUGAUCGAGGUCGAAUUGACGGAAGUGGACGACUUGGAUGGAGACUUGGAUGGAGACUGGGAUAAGGAGGUUGUGGGAAACGAGACCAUAUUCAUGCGCUCAUCCGAGAAAUGA